AUGGCUGGCAACCCUUUGAUGAAAAAGUGACCUAAUUCUGCUAAUGACCUUCACACGUGAAGGCGUUUGGAGUUCUAAAGACGUCAUUAGCACGUGUACCGGGGCUGCUGUCAAGUCUAAUUAACACUGAGGCAAUAGAGACAGCUUUGGAAUGCGUCGAGGCUGUAAAACAAACUGACAAAUGCGACAGGCAAAACAAGUUACUUCAUUAUUAUUAUUAUUAUUAGUUUAUUUAGCAGACGCCUUUAUACAAGGUGACUUACAGAGACUAGGGUGUGUGAACUAUGCAUCAGCUGCAGAGUCACUUACAACUACGUCUCACCUGAAAGACGGAGCACAAGGAUGUUCAGUGACUUGCUCAGGGUCACACAAUGAGUCAGUGGCUGAGGUGGGAUUUGAACCGGGGACCUCCUGAUUACAAGCCCUUGUCUUUAACCACUGGACCACACAGCCUCCUCCACUUUACCAAUGAAUCGUACUAUUGUCACACUUUCAAGAUGUUUCUAGUAUAUAGCCAGGCUGUCUUGGUGUGUAGUUUGGGGUAGAAGCGCAGUUAAAAUGCAGCGUAUUGAUGUCGUGUUUUAAACAUAGAAAAGUGACCCAUAGUAAAAGCACAGCAAAGUGUAAUAAAGCAAAGCCUGGCAAAGCACGGGUCAGCAUUGUAAAGAAGAGUGAGGUACGGUAAAGCAUUACUAAACCAUGGUCAAUGCAGAGUGUAACCAUGGGAACAGCAUGGGGUUCUUCAGAGAACUCUCAGAGUUCAAAGCUGCUUUUCUCUUUAUUAGUGCAUCAAACAGGUUUGUAUUUGCUGAUGGGCUCCAGUUCACAAUCCUGCUCUGAAAAGAGGAGUAUUGGAGGGAGUGGGAGGUGUGGAGCGCCGUGCAAUCCACAUGGGGGUCUGGUGGCUGGGACCCCUGCAGCUCCUAAACCCUUUGUCUUUACAAUCCAAACGCUACGGCAGCUGCUUCCUAUGAACCUGCUAACCAGGUGUGCCUUGUCAAGUGUAACAGCAGCGGGCAGGAGGCAGAUCUGUCACCCAGACUUAUAUGGUCAAGUUCAGGAACCCAGAGCUUUAUAAAAAGCACCGGCAGAGCCCAGCCAAGCCAGACGAAGACUGCAAGGCUUUCUUUUAUGGAGCCUUGAACCAAGAUCUUUUUUAUUUUUUAUUUUUUUGGGUGAUCCAAAUUUUUUGAAAGAAACUUUUUAAAAGAGACUGAACAGGAUUUUCUGUGCUUUGAGAUCCUUAAGAAAAGAAGGAGAGAAGGAGAGAAGGAAAGAGGAGAAGGAAAGAGGAGAGAAGAAAGGAGAGAAGGAAAGAAGAGAGAAGGAAAGGAGAGAAGAGGAGAGAAGAAAGAAAGGAGAGAAGGAAAGAGGAGAGAAGAAAGGAGAGAAGGAAAGAGGAGAGAAGGAAAGAAGAGAAGAAAAGAGGAGAGAAGGAAAGACAGCUGAAAUGAAUGUUGCCGUUCACAUUCUCCUGGCUGCUGUUUGUGCCGUGUCUCUCUCCAGUCCUCAGAAGGGCUUCAAUACGUUUCUAGAUGAAGACGCUGCCGGCUCUGGCGCUGGCUCAGACAGACCUAUUCAGGGGGUCGUGAAAGUGGUCCAUCUGAACCCCAGAUUCUUCGGCCAAUCCCCCUUUUUCAGCCGGCGCCCCCCCAGCUCUCUUUUCGGGCUUGGCGCCCCCGCCACAGGGGGUAUCCCGACCCCUUUCCUGGGACUGGGGAGGAGGGCAGUACCGGCUCGCAGCGGCCCUGGCUCUCUGCUCAAGCCCCAGCCUCACCUGGAGAGUGGCGUUGGGGUGGUGAUGCACAGGAAGCAGGGUAUGGACAUGUGGAAGAAAGCCAUCCAGAGGGACAGCGUGGCCAAGGAGGGGCUCCCAGUGACUCUGAAGGAAGCCUCUCAGACUGCGUGCAGGGCUGUCUCCUUUAGACAGGUAAGCCUGGCUUUUGCUGUUAAUUUCCAGCGUGUUUCUGCUCCGGGCUGCUUAACUGUCACUCUGCAAAACAAGCUGUGCCUCGGGCUGUGCAACUCUCUGUUUGUGCCGGCAGUCGGAGACGCGGGGUCCGCUGAAGCGCGGCCGGAGCAGCGGGCUCUCUCCGCGUCCUGCUCUCUGUGCGCCCCGGUGAAGACCCGGACAGCGCUGGUACCAAUGCUGUGCGAGGGGGUCGAGAGAGUGCGGGAGAGGCGGGUCACCGUGAUCGAAGAGUGCCAAUGCGAGAGCCGAAACAGAGGGGCGGAAGAAACGCUGCUGCGGUCACUUCUCUUGAAACGUUAACAUAGCACAACGACAACCCUUACUGUAAAGUAAAGGGGCUGAUUCUAAACCCUUUCGCGUCAUACAUGGAGAACUUACAUGGAAGACGCAAAUGCAUGACAGCCUCAUAUGAGGAUGCCAUCCUCACCCACGGACUAACCCCACCCAAAAUAUUAAUAUUUAAUUUUUGUUUCAUUUAGCAUUUUUAACUCCCACCUAGUAAUUCUUUUGUAAUUCAAAAUGAAUUGCUUUGCAUUCGUAUGUGAUUUGUAUCUGCCCCUCCUAGCACUGAACGAAGGUCAUGUGUGCCUGAAUAUGUCUGAAAGCACGUUCUGUAUAGACGCGUGGCGUUUGCCAUGGACUGUGUAUGUACUGUAUUGUGAAUUAUUGAUCGUACAACGGCCACUGGUGGCCAUGCGUGUUGUAUCGCCCUACAUUUUGAUGUUAAAAUCUUUGACAAUGGCUAUGUUUGCCAAAAAUAUGUAUUGAACCCACGACUCCCGGCUUAAUGUAUAUAAGCUUUGCAAUAAGAUUGACUGCCUCCCUUUAGGAGAUCCCUGGACUGCACUAUGAAUUGCUGUUUGGCGCCCUCUUGUGUUCGCUCUUCGUUAUUGCACGCCUUGUUUUUGUGUGUGUUAAUACUGGUCUCGGUAUUGUUAUUGUCGUGUUGUUAAAUGUUCCACGCAAAGUAUAAUGUGCUUGAAGCUGCAAUAGCAGUAAACUGUCUGUCCAAAGUUGUUUUUUUUUGGAAAAAUUAAAACAAAGUCAUAAUACAUAUUGACAUUGUAUGGUUUUGUUUGUGUUUGUGUGUGUGUGUGUGUGUGUGUGUGUGUGUGUGUAGCAGUUAGGGCUCUGGACUCUUAACCAGAGGGUCGUGGGUUCAAUCCCAGGUGGGGGACACUGCUGCUGUACCCUUGAGCAAGGUACUUUACCUAGAUUGCUCCAGUAAAAACCCAACUGUAUAAAUGGGUAAUUGUAUGUAAAAAUAAUGUGAUAUCUUGUAACAAUUGUAAGUCGCCCUGGAUAAGGGCGUCUGCUAAGAAAUAAAUAAUA